AUGACUCAACCAAAGACAGAUGAGAUUCCCCCUUGGAAGGCCGUAGACAUCGACCAGUUUAUAAACAAGGCCAAUCUUGCCUUCUCCAAACGCAGCGCCAACCUAAGCCACCUCUUAAAACCCCGUGCUUCGUCACCAGCCAAGCCAAAGCUGGAAGACCACGGAGCGGAGAAACCCAGGUUCUCCUUCUCUUCCCUCGCAAACAAGCCCUCGCCUCACACCAGCCUAAAGAAAUCGCAGCAGCAGCGCAAGACGUUCUCCCAGCCCCGUGUUAGGGAAAAGGAUGGCGACGACGACAACGAAGCGCCCUUGAACUCAGGCAUAGGGCACGUGCCCUCUGGCGAGGAGGCGGCGGGCGAUUCCAGGGCGGCUGAGACGAGGGAUCUGAAGGGCAAAUUGCUGGGGAAGAGGGCACUGGAGCAGAGGGAGGAAGCGCGGAAGAAGAGGGCCAGGGCCAAGCCGGACAGCAGUGAUGAGGAAGAGGGGCGAAGCGCGGCGGUUGGAAAGGGUAGGAAGAAGAAGGGGAGGAAAGGAGGGGCUGAUUGA